GAAAGAGGUUACAUUUGUGGUUACAAGUCCUGUCUUGGUCUAUAACAUGAAUUAACUUUUCUCUAUAAUUUGAAAUUCAAUAUUGAAUAUAUAUUAAUAUUGUUUAUAAUUUUAUCAUCAUUUAAAUUUCAAAUAUGGUAACGGCAAAGGAUGAUACCAAAACUAAAAAUUUACCAUGGGUUGAAAAAUAUCGUCCAAGCACCUUAGAUGAUUUAAUUUCUCAUGAAGAUAUCAUCAAAACAAUCACCAGGUUUAUCAAUGAAGAACAGUUGCCUCAUUUAUUAUUCUAUGGCCCUCCUGGAACAGGAAAAACAACCACGAUUCUUGCUUGUGCGAGAAAACUCUACCCCAAAGGACAAUUCAACUCUAUGGUAAUGGAAUUAAAUGCAUCAGACGAUAGAGGCAUUGGUGUGGUUCGAGGACAAAUACUUAAUUUUGCCAGUACUCGAACAAUUUUCAACAAAGGAUAUAAACUUAUAAUCCUUGAUGAAGCCGACGCCAUGACCAAUGAUGCUCAAAAUGCUUUAAGGAGAAUUAUUGAAAAAUAUACUGAUAAUGUGAGGUUCUGCAUGAUAUGCAACUAUUUGGGCAAAAUAAUUCCAGCUUUGCAGUCACGUUGUACUAGGUUCAGAUUUGGUCCUCUUGAUCCAAAACAGAUCCAACCUCGCUUAGAAUACGUCAUUGAACAAGAAAAAGUUAAAGUUACAGAAGGUGGUAAGAAAGCUCUUAUGGAACUAGGGAGUGGUGACAUGAGAAAAGUAUUGAAUAUUUUACAAGGAACUGCAACAGCUUUUCCAGAGGUGAAUGAAGAUAACGUUUAUACUUGCGUUGGUCAUCCAACCCCUACUGAUAUGUCAAACGUUAUCAAUUGGCUGUUGAAUUCAGAUUUUACUACUGCUUACAACAUGAUACUUGAAUUGCAAAUUACGAAAGGAUUGGCAUUACCUGAUAUUAUACAAGAAGUCCACAGUUACAUUCAUCGAAUUGAGCUUCCUCCUGAAGUCCUGAUAGAGCUACUUAUAAAAAUGGCUGAAAUUGAAGAACGAUUAACGCACGGUACUAUGGAAAGGAUUCAGCUUAGUGCGCUUGUUGGUGCAUUUUAUCUCGCUAGAUCAAAAAUUAAGCUUCCCGAGAAGGAAUGAUUUUGAAAUAUGUAAUUUUUUAAAUUUUUUAUAAUUUCUACUCGUUUUUGUAAAUAUAAGUGUUUUAUAAGAA